AUGAUCACAUAUAUAUAAAUUGUGGGGGUGAACAAAUGUCAAUUAAUAAUAGUAAUUUUGAAGCUGAUUUGCAACAAGAAGGGGCAUCAACUUUUUUUCUUAGUGAAAAUAAAAGUUGGGCUUACAGUAGUAUGGGGGCAUUCGUUGAUGGCAGCAGAUAUAUAACAAAUAGAACAUGCAAUCUUUCCAUGGCUGAUGCACCUUUGUAUAUGAACGCACGCAUUUCCCCAAUAUCCCUGAAGUAUUAUGGAUUUUGUCUGAAAAGAGACACAUACGUGGUGAGACUUCACUUUGCUGAAAUAACAUGGGAUGAUACCAAAGUUCAUAGCGGCAAGGAAAGGCGAGUUUUUGAUGUUGAAAUCCAGGGUGAGAAGAAAUUGAGGAAUUUCAAUAUAACAGAAGCAGCAGGGGGUGUCAAUAAGAAUAAAACGGAGGAGUUUACUGUUAAUGUGACUGACUCACGGCUGGAGAUUCACUUAUAUUGGUCUGGCAAAGGCUCAACAGUUACCCCGAGUAAAUAUUAUGGUCCUCUUAUAUCCGCCAUUUCGGUAACGCCUGUUCCAAAACGCAUAGCUUCUAGCAGAAAACAACUAUCUGUUGUGAGUAUCAGCGGGAUUGUAGGAUCGGCAUUCCUUUUCUUAAUAUUCGUUUUACUUCUUUUCUGGAUGUUCGGAUGGUUUGGUGGCAACGAACUACUUUAUGUAGGCAUUUACGACUUCUAUCAAAUAAAAGCUGCCACAAACAAUUUCAAUGAUGAGAACAAGAUAGGUGCAGGACGUUUUGGAUCUGUCUAUAAGGGCAAAUUUCCUGAUGAGACUUUCAUAGCAGUUAAAAAACUUUCAGGAAAAUCAAAGCAAGGAAACCGUGAGUUUGCAAAUGAGAUCAGCACUAUUUUUCUUCUGAAACAUGAACAUCUUGUAGAACUACUUGGAAGUUUUGCACAAGACAACCAUAUCCUCCUUGUCUACGAGUACAUGGAAAAUAAGUCCCUUGAACAUGCACUAUUCGGUUCAGAGGAACUCCGACAGAGGCUAGAUUGGCCAACUAGGGUCAAAAUUUGUCUGGGCAUAGCGAAAGGUACCACUGCAGUAGAUGAUGAGGAAAAGACACACGUUGCUAGAAAAACAAAAGUUACAGGAGGAACCACGACAUAUAUGGCACCUGAGUACGUCAAGGAUGGUCUCUUAUCAUAUAAAGUAGACGUUUACAGCUUUGGAGUAGUCGCACUUCAAAUUGUCAGUGGGCAAGCGGGGGAAACUCCUAGGACAGAUGGUCCAAGUGACUACCUUUUAGACCGUGUAAGCCGCUGA